AUGCAUAUUGAAAUUGCACAAGCUGUUGACUUCUUUGGAAGAUUACUGAAUACAAAGAUAGACCAUGACGGUCUCUCCCGAUUUAAAGAAGAGCUGGCGAUUAUUCUGAAGCAACGAUUUGCAGAUCAUUGGGAUCCACAGCAACCUUUUCGAGGCAAUGGAUAUCGAGCCAUCAACAACUUCAAUGGGCUCCUUGAUCCCGUGCUUGGCAAAGCCGCCGAACAAGCCAAAGUGUCUGCAGCUUCCAUACAUACAAAUUUACCGCGCGAUUUUGUGUUAUGGAUCGAUCCUUUCUCGGUGUCUUACCGUGUAGGCGAUCACGGCAACAUCAUGACCCUGUUCGAGGACCGUUCCCGUGGAAGAAUUACGUUCAAGGUGGAUCCUUCAAUAACGAACCAUGGAACGCCCAGCGCCACGGGCAACGGAUCCGGGAAUGGAGCCAACGCUAAAGAGGCUAUGACCAACGGUAACAGUCCACUUUUAUCCUUCAUCCAGCCUCGUACUUCCACGCCGAUCCGUAUCUCUCCUCCAAGCAGUCCCGAAAUGAUGAAACUGAAAACGCAUCUUCAUCAAUCCUCUCCCCUAGCCAAACAAGUUCAGACCCAACAACCGGUGUCGGAAGAAAAUGAUGACGAUAAACAGCACAAACUUGUGAUGGCCAACUAA